CUGCGACUUUUGUAAACAGAAGCAAAUGUGUUUGUUAUUUUCUUUUCUGUGACAGAUUUGAAGCUUCUUAAUUUAAAACAUUUCAAAGUAUUUGUAAGUUCGCAAUCCAUUUGUCAGAAAAAUGAGUGAUUUACUAGGUUCAAUUCUAAGUUCUAUGGAAAAACCGCCUUCUGGAAAUAGCGAAAGAAAUAAAUUAUUGCAAAAACAAAAGAAAAUACUAGAGAAACAACAAGCUGCACAAAGGGCUAAAUUGACUAGCUUUCGAGAAAAGAUUGAAAAAACUAUUAAUGAUUUUAUACAAGAUCCACUUAAACAAAAUUACAAAUUCUCACCUACGGAUAAAGUUUAUCGAAAUAUUAUACAUGAUGUGGCUGAUAUAGCUGGUUUAUGCACCUAUGCUUUUGGUGAGGAUGAAGUUGAUAGAUAUGUAAUGGUGUUUAAAAAGGAAUAUGCACCUUCAGAAGAGGAAUUGAAAGCGUAUAGAAAUGGAGAAGAAUGGGAUCCUAUAAAAGCUAAGGAAGCAGCUUUACAAAGGGAGAAACAUAAGUUAGAAGAAGUUGAAGAAAGAAAUAAAAGAGAUUUCGAAGUAGAACCAGCGUGUAAUUAUGCUUCAAAAUAUGAAAAGUUAUUGGGCCGUGAUGCAGGCAUAGCUGCAGCAAAAAUAGCCACUCCCAAUAAACAAUUUGGUUUUGUUCCAAGUGAACAAAAGAAAGACCAAAGAUCAAUUGAACAGACCUUGGAUGAUAUUCAAGCAAAGAAGAAGCUAAAAAAGGCUCAUGAUGCUGUGCAGAGUGUAAGUGAAACAUCAUCAUGAGUUAAUUUUCAGUCAUUUUAGAACUAUAUUAUCAUUUGCAUAUAUUGGAUCUAAAUUUUUCUUCAAGACACAAGUGAUUUAGUUUUCUUCUUGAUAUUAAAAUUUACUCUAGUACAGUUAGACUACUAUAAUCGGUACUCAAAUAUUUGAGUAACUUCAUCAGUUCCUGUUUGGUUUGAAUAGUGACUGGAAUGAAUUGAACUUGCAGUGAUCAAACUGGACAUUUUUUUUCCAUUUAGGACAGUUGAUUGUGAAUUCAUGUAAACAAAUACUCAACAUUUAUGAAUAAAUUUUUUAUACAUAAAUUAA